GGUUUUUGUAAUGGGAAGAAAAUUGGCGUGACGGCGUGUUUUUAGCUGCAAAUGCCCUCUGGGCCCCACUUUGGACAAAGCUGCGUUAGGAACAAUGCAACCGGAAAAUAAUUAAAUGAACUGACCAAUCAGCAUUGAUGUAGUUGAACGCUGAGUAAGCGGUUUUUACCUGGAAGGUACGUAGUCUGAGCCAUAAACAAUUCAUACGGGAGUAAUUUUAUUGUGUAAUUUGCUUUGGCCAGCAAGUGGCUAAUUAUGUAAUAAGUCUAGCUUUGCUCCGUUGCAGUGGCUUUCGAUAACGACUACGGAGGGCCACGAAGUCACCGCAAAAGGUUUCUUUGUACCUGUCAGACAAACACCAGGGUUAUUUAGGCCACUUCAUGGACUGUCCCUUUAAGAGGAUAAAGCCUGCGGCUGCGCAGUGAGCGUCGCUCAGCUCAGCCGCGCUAUAACAUUAUUGACGGGGACGUUGUAACUAAAGACACAAUCAGCGUGUUUGUUAUUUUUUUAUACUUAUAAAUGUAGAAAAUUACAUUGUGAGAAAUGUAAUUCUUCGACCUGUCAAUUCUUCAGUCUGUUUCUGUUUCGAUUUCAAUAUCAGAGCUCCACAGGAAGACGUGACGUCGGUGAUGGAGGACAAGCGCAAGAAGCGCAGCCCCAAGGUGUCCCUCCCGCAGCCCCCUCCUCCGCCCAUCAACCCACGCAAGCUCUCUGCCCUGCCAGCCAGCAAAAGCGCCACCUUCUCUCUCGGCCUGCCGCAGCCGCCGUCCCCGAAAAACCGAGGGAAGUACAAAAGGUCAGUGGGGGCGGCAGGUCAGCCCAAAGAGGUGUUUGCUGGUGUCGUCGCUCCACCGAAGACCGCCAGGACUCAUAAGGAGAAGCCCCGGGCCCCCCAGCCCGCAGGGCCCAGUAAAGUGGUCCAGUCCUCGCCGCUGCAGCACUCCUUCCUUACAGAUGUGUCUGAUGUGAGAGAGAUGGAGGGAGGCCUCCUAAACCUCCUCAACGACUUUCACUCGGGGAAACUGCAGGCGUUUGGUAAGGUGUGUUCCUUCGAGCAGCUGGAGCACGUGCGUGAGAUGCAGGAGAAGUUGGCGCGACUUCACUUCAGCCUGGACAGCCAUGUGGAGGAGCUCUCGGAGGACCAGAGGAAGUGCGCCUCUGACCACAACCUGGAACACCUGCUGUGCAAUUUGGAGGAGCUCAGCACCUCCAUACAAAAGCUCCACUUGGCUGAGAACCAGGAACUGCCCAAGACAUCUGCUCCCUGAUGGAGGACGCAGAAAUCCCUGCAGAACAGGUUGCCAUGGCGAUCCUCCCCACAGCCGCCCUUGUAACACAAUGGACACGUAGGAACAAACCAGUUGAAUGCAUUUCUUCUUCUUCAAUCUAUUUUGCAAUGCAAAAUGAGGAACAGACAUUCAUUUGUUGUAUGAUACAUUUAAAAAUCUCUGCUGAGAUUUUAAAGCAAGAGGACAGUGUCUAGAAUUGUACCUAGAAAUGUGCGGAAUCUUCCAAUUAUUUUUACAAGGAUUUUUUUCUGGAUAUAAAAAAAUGGCAGCUAUUUCCAAAUGUUAUUGAAUUGCAUCUGUGAGAUCAUGUUCAAUAUGAAAUGUGUUCCUAGACAAUACUUUGAAGUUAGUACUGGCAGAGGAAUCUCGCUUUAUAAACAUAACUGGGAUUUAAAAAACAGAACUACAAGGCAAUAUUUAACAUAUUGUGUUACUGUUGUCUAUGGCGACGGAUUUUACUGUACAUGUGACAAAUAAAGAUCACUCUUCCAAUACUAGAGCUGUAUUAGAAAUUCACAAUCAAAUAUAAUGAAUAGCAUGUUUAUAUAAUGAUAUAUAUACAUACUCAAUGUCUUUGCUUCGGCGUUAUAUAAUGUUCCCGCUGAUUCUGAAUUUUCUACUUAGGAAUUGAUUCCUAUACUAUUGCAAUUAAAUUUUUUUUUAUGCUAACAUUUAUUCCUUUUCCUAACCGUCAUAAAGCAGUGCUAUCCAACUGACGGCCCGGGGGCCAAAUCCAGCUCGUAUAUGACACCACACCGGCCCCUGAGUUCUGUUCAAAAUUUGGGAGAUGAACAUUUUUACAGAUAAUUCCUAAAAACAUUAGUGUUGCUGUUAAAUAGAGAAACUUGGACCACUGCAAACACAUUGGCAGAUCCCUGCAUUGACAUUUUAACCUUACGAGCCAACAUAGAACACUGGGGGCCAAACUUAUGAUUUAAAUAACUGAGGCGUUCCUCAAGGCACUCCUUAAAGUCCUCCCCCUUUUGGCAGUUAAU